CGCCCCCAGCUCCCAGUCUGCUAUAAAGCCGAGGAAGUUGGCCCAUGUGGAUGUUGCAAACUGUCAACAUUGCCGUGCCAACAUCUCAAGAGUGAGAGAAACCUCAUCACUGUCACCGAAACCUCUUGGCUUUUACGCACAAUCUCUUUCUCGUCAUCCUUGGAAACUACAUUCCCUGUACCAAUCAAGAUGAAGGUUGUCGGAUCUACCUGCGCCCUGAAGAGCAAGGUCGGCGGUGAGGACGUGGUGCGCUGCCUGUCCGACCAGAGCCUGACCAUCUCCAAGUGUAAGAUCCCGCUGCUGGACGAGCAGAUGAGCGUCUUCCUCCAGGACAUGAACAGCUGCUACAGCAAGCUGAAGGAGCUCGUGCCCACCCUGCCCACCAACAAGAAGGCCAGCAAAGUGGAGAUCCUGCAGCAUGUCAUCGACUACAUCUGGGACCUGCAGGUCGAGCUGGACGAGCCGGAGAAGAGCCGCCAGCACGCCGCCAGCAGCGUCCCCCGCACACCGCUGACCACCCUGAACGCAGAGAUCGCCAGCAUCUCAGUGGAGAAUGGAUGCUCGGAUGACAGGAUUAUGUGCCGUUAGAAACCAUGGAGCAUCACCCAGUAAUCCCACAGCGAGCACCGUGAAGAACGAACAAGGCUACCUGACGUGACUUUUCGACCACGUCAAAACCUUGAACUGAGUAGGGACGUUUCAAACUCCCAUGCUAGAAAAUACUUGGUUUGGACAUCCUCUGGGAGAGAAUCUGUCACUCGAGGCUCUCGAUUCAUCAGAGGGCCUUUGGAGAAGACUGAGAAGACUGUCCAGAUAGACUGGGUUAGCCGGGCGACCAUGACAGUUAGGCUACCAGUGCAACCAGCAUCGCUUGUUGCUUUUAGAGUUUCUAAAGAAAGCUAAUGUCUCUGUUACGUUGUUGUAUCUUGUGUAAACCGUGUAGAAAAUUCAAAAAUUUUGUAAAAAGAAAAGUACAUUUCUCAGAUUCCUGAGCGACAAACUGUAUUGUAUAUUACAAUGACACAUUAUGUGAAUGAUAUUGUUUUCUUACAAUGUACCUUAUUGGUGUUUUUAUUAAAACAAGACAAUUAUUUUUGAACAAGAA